CAGUUGCUGCACGAGGCCAUGGGCCAUAUCGUUACAAUCGAGCUAAAGACAGGAUCAGUUUAUAGAGGCAAGCUUUUGAACGCUGAAGACAACAUGAAUGUACAACUCCGAGAUAUCACACACACUGCUCGCAAUGGGAGAGUGUCUCAGCUGACUCAAGUCUUUAUCCGUGGAUCUCAGAUCCGAUUUGUUAUUGUUCCGGACAUGCUCAAAAACGCACCCAUGUUUAAA